AUGUUCAUUUUGAUGGGAGUCUUCUUCUUCUUCAACAUUCCACUUCUCAUGACAAACUACAUUGAUCCCAUGUGCUUUUGGAGAAUAAACCUGAAUGAAAUCAAGGAUAAAGCUUUGCAACUUACUUGUUCCUUCAUCCUUGGAGCAGUUCAUAUGCCUAUGGAGAAAGAUUAUUUAAACCAGACUCUGAAUGUCCUAAAAACAACUAAAAACCACAAAUAUGCUUUGGNAUUGGCAUUUGCAAUGGAUGAAAUCAACAGGAAUCCUGAUCUCUUACCAAAUAUGUCUUUGAUUAUAAAAUAUAAUUUUGGCCACUGUGAUGGGAUAACUAUGACAACUACACCCUAUUCUUUUCACCAGAAGGAAUAUGUGCCUAUUCCUAAUUAUUUCUGUAAUGAAGAUACUAUGUGUUCGUUUCUGCUUACUGGACCCGAUUCGAGAAUAUCAUGGGAAUUGGGGCUAAUCAUGGAUACCUUCUUUUCUCCACGUUUCCUUCAUCUUACCUAUGGACCUUUCCAUUCCAUGUUCACUGAUGAUGAACAAUAUCCCUAUCUCUAUCAGAUGGCCCCAAAGGACACAUCUCUACCAUUGGCAAUUGUUUCCUUCAUACUUUUCUUCCACUGGAAGUGGGUUGGCCUUGUCAUCCCUGAUGAUGAUCAAGGCAAACAUUUUCUCUCAGAGCUGAAAAAAGAGAGUGAAAACAAGGAAAUUUGCUUUGCUUUUGUGAACAUGAUAUCAGUCUAUGAGAUUUCAUUCUAUCAAAAAACUGAAAUGAACUACAAACAAAUUGUGAUGUCAUCCACAAAUGUUAUUAUCAUUUAUGGGGAAACAUAUAAUAACGUUGAAUUGAGCUUCAGAAUGUGGGAAUCUACAUGUAAAUUACUGAUGAAUUAUUCAUCUAAUGCAUNAUUGCAAUGGCUAAUGGAACAGAAAUUUGACAUAACCUUUAGUCAUGGUAGUCAAAACAUAUACAAUGCUGUAUAUGCCAUGGCACAUGCACUCCAUGAGUUGAAUCUGCAACAGGUUGAUAAUCAGGCAAUAGACAAUGGGAAAGGAGCAAUUUCUCACUGCUUGAUGGUAAAUUCAUUUCUGAGAAAGAUCAACUUCACUGAUCCUAUUGGGGAUAAAGUGAUUAUGAAACAGAGAGUAAUAGUGCAGGAAGAUUAUGACAUUUUUCACUUUGGGAAUAUCUCACAACACCUUGGGAUUAAGGUGAAGUUAGGAAAGUUCAGCCCAUAUUUUCCACAUGGACAACAUUUUCACUUAUAUGGAGACAUGAUUGAACUAGCCACAGGAAGUAGAAAGAUACCAUCUUCUCUGUGUAGUACAGAUUGUAGUCCUGGAUUCAGAAGAUUAUGGAAGGAAGGAAUGGCAGCCUGCUGCUUUGUUUGCAGCCCUUGCCCUGAAAAUGAAAUUUCUAAUGAGACAAAUAUGCAUCAAUGUGUGAAUUGUCCUGAAUACCAGUAUGCCAACACCAAACAAAACAAAUGCAUUCAGAAAGGAGUCACCUUUCUAAGCUAUGAAGACCCCUUGGGGAUGGCUCUUGCCUCAAUGGCCUUCAUUUUCUCUGCAUUCACAGCUGUAGUACUGUGUGUCUUUGUGAAGCACCAUGAUACUCCUAUUGUAAAAGCGAAUAACAGAAUUCUCAGCUACCUGUUGCUCAUGUCACUCAUGUUAUGUUUUCUGUGCUCCUUUUUCUUCAUUGGCCAUCCUAACAGAGUCACCUGUGUCUUACAGCAAAUCACAUUUGGAGCUAUAUUCACUGUGGCUGUUUCCACAGUUUUGGCCAAAACAGUCACUGUGGUUCUGGCUUUCAAAAUCACAGACCCAGGAAGAAGGUUGAGACACUUCCUGGUCUCAGGGACACCCAACUAUAUUAUUCCCAUAUGUUCCCUAUUCCAAUCUAUUCUGUGUGCAAUCUGGCUAGCAGUUUCUCCUCCCUUUGUGGAUAUUGAUGAACACACUCAUCAUGGACACAUCAUCAUUGUGUGCAACAAAGGCUCAGUUACUGCAUUCUACUGUGUCCUGGGAUACUUGGCCUGCCUGGCACUUGGGUCUUCAUUCUUCUUG